AUGCCGGUUGCGGCGGUGGCAAAGGCAGAGAGGGCAACCUAUCAUUCACAUACAGCGGUCUUUGAUUUGCGUGAUGAUUGUAAAAUGGCACGUCUGAAGGUCCCCGGAUUUGCACCUGUGAUAUCGACGGGAGAUCCAGCUUUUCGGUUG